AUGGCGGGAGACAAAAGAACUGGUAAAAUACACGCGCCAUUAAUCACGCUAGACACGUUAAACAAAACAACCCGACCUCUAUCCACGGUUUCACAGUCAAGGCCACACGUAUCUUUUCCUUCUUCAAGGAAGAGGGAUAAGGUGAGCAGCGGUCAACUGGUAAUACGAGUUCAACCUGCGGUGGCAAAGAGAUGCUCACCCUCACAGCCAGCCCUGCAUUAG